AUGUUCACCCUAAUAGGUCUGGGACUUGGUGAUGCCAACGACAUCACAGUCAACGGACUCAAGGCGGUCCACGACGCAGACGUUGUCUACCUCGAGGCAUACACAUCGUUCCUCAUUAACAGCUCACCCGAGGAGCUUUCUGCAGCGUAUGGGAAGCCUGUUAUUGUCGCUGAUAGGGAAAUGGUGGAGAGUGGGGAUGUUUUGAGGGAUGCGGAAAGUAAAAAGGUUGCAUUUCUGGUUGUUGGUGACGUCUUUGGGGCAACGACGCACUCCGACUUGGUUGUGCGCUGUCGGGAACAGAAGAUUGAGUGUCGUGCCAUUCAUAAUGCCUCCAUUAUCAAUGCCGUGGGGUGCUGUGGUCUCCAGCUCUAUCGAUUUGGUCAGGUGCUUUCACUUUGUUUCUGGACUGAGACAUGGAAACCAGACUCGUGGUACGACAGAUUGAAGACAAACCGUGACGCAGGUCUUCACACUUUGGUGUUAUUGGACAUCAAGGUAAAGGAGAUCUCCGAUGAAAAUCUUGCGCGUGGUCGGAAAGUUUAUGAACCACCGCGGUACAUGAAGAUAAGUGAAGCAAUUGACCAAAUCCUCGCAGUUGAGAAGAGAAAGGGUAGGGGUGCGGUUGCUGUGGACGGGGGUACGCUAGCUGUUGGCAUGGCGAGAGUCGGGUCGGCAACACAGCAGGUCGUCGCUGGGCCUAUGCAAGCUUUGCGUGCAGUUGAUUUUGGGACCCCCCUUCACUCUCUGGUUAUUGCAGGAGAGGUUCACCCAUGCGAGGAAGAGCACUUGCGUCUUUUUUACCUUAAUUAA